CGUUUUCCUGUUCAAAGCUCAAAGUCCAGGUGAGAGACAGACACGAUCCACUGACGCCACAAACCAGCAGAAGAAGAAGAAGAAGAAGAAGAAGAAAAAGAAAGUUUACGUCAACGUGAAAUCUCCUCUCAGCUGAGGAUUUAGUGUGGAGAAGAAUUUUGGACCGGUUUGUAGGGACCUUGUCAGGAUCUGGAUCCUCCGUCCCUGAUGGAUUACACCUGAGGACUCUGAAGCUCAGUCACACUGAUCCCCGCUGAACGAGCCAGCGGCGGCCAUCUUGGAGACACACGGUCUGUCGCUGUUGCAGCAGCAGCUCCAGUCCAGGUCACUUCUGAUCCCCUCCCUGUUCCCCAGGCUCAGUGCCCCCUGCUGGGCAGCAUGGAGCCUGGAGUCAGCCGGUUGCCUCUCCACGUGCUGGGAGAGAACGAGGCUCUGCAGCAGUUCUUCAGCGGUCAGGAUGUGAGUGGUGUGCUGGAAAGCUCGGUCGCCGUGGAUACGAGUAUCCUGGAGCAGUACCUCAGCAAUGACAUGGACCCAAGCAGCUUCAUGCUCCCUGACUCUCCACCUGACUCAUGCUCGGAGGCCUGUUCUCCUGCACAGAUACCAGAUUUGCACCGCGAGUCGCCCUACUGGACGAACCGGCAAACCACCCAGGAGGUGUUCCGACCUCCCACCCAGUCGUCCUGUCACUUCAAGCCCUGUGACUCCGCCCUCGCCCACCCUGACCUCCUGACCUACAAUCAGCUUCGCAGUUUAGGCCUCACAAACACUUACGUCAAGUCUGGCACACCAUCCAUCCCGCCUGCCGCACAUGAGCGGCUACAUCAGAGUGCACAGCACUCACCGGAACAUUUACACUACCUGAGUCCGGAAGGCUGCUCGCAGGUUUACACCCCACCCACACCUCCUUCUCCUCCCCCACCUCCCUCCAACAACUAUGUUGCACACUGUGCUGGUCCUAGCAUGGUCCCACCUUUAAAUACACCCACUUCCACCUGUUUAUUGGGCUCCACCCCCUCACUGCACAACAGUUCCUUGCCAAGUAAAAGAAGAAGGAGAUCUGAGUGUGAGGAAUCAUCAUCUUCAGGAAUUGAUGCUUCCUGCAGUAUUGUCGAUGAAACGUGUGGUGGCACGGUAGGAAAUGGCCUCGGUAGCGGCAGUUUAAAUUUGGGAACCUUCCAACUUCUGACCUGGGAACAAUACAGGCUGGACCCUUGGAGCUCGUUGUACGACCAUAGCUAUCAGACACUGUCUCCUCCUGCCUACCACGUCGACACAGAUAAAGGCUUUAACUACUCUGCGCCUGACGAAGCCUUCAUUUGCCAGAAGAAGAAUCACUUUCAGGUCACCAUUCACAUCGGCGUGGCUGCAGAGCCGCAGUACGUCAAAACACCCAGGGGAACACAGGAGGUCGACCACUUCCAAAUUAAAGUGUUUGGGAUCAAGCUGGAAGCUCCAAGCCACCAUGUGACCAUUGAGCAAUCGCAGCCUGACCGGAGUAAGAAGCCCUUCCACCCUGUCAGGGUUAGCCUUCCUGGUGGAAAGAUCACAAAGGUUACACUCGGGCGGCUGCACUUCAGCGAAACGACGGCCAACAACAUGAGGAAAAAAGGCAAACCCAACCCUGACCAGAGGUAUUUUCAGAUGGUGGUUGGUCUUUACGCUGCAGUAGGAGAGGACACUCAUCUCCUCACAGCUCUGGUUUCAGAGAGAAUCAUCGUCAGGGCUUCUAACCCUGGUCAGUUUGAGAUGGACGGGGACGCCUUGUGGCAGCGUGGGGCAACGCAGGACUCAUUGGUUUGUCAGGGUCGGGUGGGCAUCAACACCGACUCCCCAGAUGAGGCGCUUGUUGUCUGCGGUAACGCCAAAGUGAUGGGCACCAUCAUGCAGCCAUCUGACUGCCGUGUCAAAGAAAACAUACAGGAGGUGGACUCUGAGCAGCAGCUGAAGAGAAUCACUCAGAUGAGAAUCGUUGAAUUUGAUUAUAAACCAGAGUUUGCCUCCACCAUGGGGAUGGCCCACACCCACCAGACAGGUAUAAUAGCUCAGGAGGUGAAGGAGCUGCUGCCGUCGGCGGUGAAGGAAGUUGGAAACGUAACUUGCUCUGAUGGAGAGACGAUUAAUAAUUUUCUCAUGGUGGACAAGGAGCAGAUCUUCAUGGAGAACAUCGGGGCUGUGCAGCAGCUGUCGAGGCUCACUGACAACCUCGAGGCUCGAAUCAACGAUCUGGAGGUCUGGAACACAAGACUAGCCAAACUAAAGAGCCUGACGGGCAGCCUGCGCUCCACUGGGAAACCCAUGAAGCCGAGCAGCAGCACGACACCAACGCCAGGCGCGAGCACUGAGAGGAACGGCUGGAGGCAGAAAUAUUGUCACUGUGUGAAGCGUAAACUCUUCCUUGCCAGCGUCUUAAGCCUGCUCGCCACAAUGGCGUUCUGCAUCAUCUCCAUCACUGCUCUGUAUCUGGUGAAUCUGACCGAGAAAGUCACCGACAUCUCACCUGGCAACAGUAACGGCACCGUGGCUCCCCUGCAGACCACGACCUCAGCCAGCACAGUUCCGUCAGCCACACCUCUGGGUCCCUGGCCUCCAGACGUGGACUUCUGUGACCUGUUGUACUGUGACCAGGUGUACUGCUGCCCUUCAACACCAGGGGGCAGUGUCGACUUCAACGUCUCCACCACUGAAUUAGAUCAAGGAGCGAAGACAAAUCCGACAGAAACAAAACAAGAAAAACUUGUCGUUCAUCAGCUGAAAAGUGCCAGAGACUGGACAAACACCACCAUCCACUCUUUCAUUAUCAAAGAGAACCAGCAGGUGAUUGACAGCAAAUACUGUCUGAGAGACGAAUGUGGUCCAGGUCGAUUUAUCUUCAGAGUUCCCAUCAGCCAGUUUGUCCCGGUCAACAUGAGAGUCACUCUGCUCAUGAACUCCACGGAGCUGCUGGUGGUGCAUCUGUGUGGGUUUGAUGAGUCAGCGGCGUGUUCUGCGCUGCUGGACAUGAACACAGUCACAGGGAGCACGUAUCCUUCAAACACACAGGGGGAACACGAAUGGCGUCUCCAUGUGGCUCGACUUUAUCACAGCUCGUAUUAUUUCCGCUCCACCGUUGCUGGACAAGCCGACUGCAGUACUGACCAUCACUUUGCGGGGGCGCUCUUCACCGACUACAUUUUCCACUUCUACAGACGCUGCUCGGACUCAUAAAGACACUUUUAAUGAGAAAUAAUUUUACACUUUUAAUAUAAUAAAUAUUUUACCCUCACGCAGAUGACAAUCAGAUAUUUUUUAUUGUAAUAAUGUAAAUGUGGAAGUUGAGUGUGUAACUGUUAUCGAAGUUAAGUUUAGUGUUUCCCUUUAUGUUCUUCAACAUGCUGGGGUUUUUUUUGUAUUUCAGAUUCAGACCAUGGGAAUUAAAAGUUUAGGUCAAAGUUUAUCAUAAUUCACUCUCAAACACAACAAUUAAUCGCCAAAAUCACUAAAUUCAUAAUUACUACAAGAAAUCCACAAGUUAUGCAUAAGAAGAAUUGAUUUUAUCCCCAUUAAAGGAUUUAAAAUAAUGUCAUCAUUUGGACUGAAUGUUUGAAUUGUGUUGUUUUAGUUGUCAUUUUUUUAUAGUGCUGUAUUUCAUGUAUAAUAGCCUUUUAUUCUUUUAUUCUAUUCUUUGAUUUCUCAGGGGAAACAAUUGCAAUCUACAUCUAAAAUCUGAAUUUUGUUUUCCUAAUGUUUGUGAUUACACUUUUUAAACUUUACAAUUAAAGUUUUAGUCGAACACUCACAUAAAACUUUCCUCGUCUGAUUGAAUUUGGAGAAUCAAAUUUACUUUAUAUAUGUAAGAAUAUUUAAAAAAUUAACAUAAAAUAUGAAAGGGAAACCUCAGUUGCUUUGGCUGAAGGAGAAUUGUCGUUACCUGAUAAAAAAAACUAACAUUAGUUCGUAUGGAACUGUUAAAACAAGUCUGUUUUGC